UGAAUCAUACCACGCCUCAUUUGACCAUGAGAUCCGGACUUCGGCAUCAGCCUUGGGCAGGAGUUCCAACUUGAUUAGUUGUGUCUUUAAGCCCAAGUGGCAGAAGAGGCUUCUUAAAAUGGUUCACGUUCGUCCUUUGUACUACCACCGUCUCGUCUUAUCUUGGACACUCACUCUGCUUUCUACCCUUCUACAAAACCCCCUAUCAAGCACAAUUACUCUGCCUUCAACCUCCGAACAUCAUUUACUACCCUCAAUAUCCCAUAAUACAUCCUCACCGAGUCAAUAUGGCUGAAUAUGAUCAUCCAGUUCGGCCAGGUAUCCCCGGUCAAAACCCCAAAGUCUAUCCCGAACUCCCAUACCGUCCUUAUUGGGCACGAAGCCCCGUUCAGUACGCGCAAGACCUCCUUGGAUACUCCGAAGACCCGAUCGAAUACGAUUACAACGACCGUGACUACUGGGACAACUGCUUCUUCUUUCCCGAAGACUGUUCUUGGUCUCCGCCCAAGGGCUGGAUUAUUGAAAACAAAACACUUGAACAAGACAUCGCGCUUGGAGACUGCUACGAGCAGCACAACGAAGACAACAUGAUACCCGGUCUUCCGGACAUUAAAAUGCUGGAUGCGGAGGCGCUCAGCGACCUCCUAGAGGAUAACCUAUCACCUCCGGAAAUUACCUCUAUGAUGGUAUUCGCUACCAAUGGCGCUAUUUUCGCAUACGCAUCCUCCCUCCCUUCUCGGCAGCUGCGCAAUCUGAGCGCAACAUACGGUGCGGCGUACACAUGCUACGCUAAGAAUGCAUCAUGUGGGAACCUCACCGGCGUGAACCCCGCCAGUCACCCAUCAUCAUACGUGACCACCCCGUCUGUGUCCCUAGGCGAUGUCGGGUCUAUUGUUUUCGAACUUGACGAUUUAGUGGCGGUCGUGACAAGAAUCGCAGACAAGGUCCUUCUUGCCGCAGUCGGGCCAUCGAAACUGGGAGAUGCCGAAGACGCAGCAACACCAAACGGUACACAGAGUAUUUUGAACGGAUCCUCACAUCCCGGAGGCGACGACGCUGCCAAUGAUGGGAGGACAUAUGCCAGCGUUGUAGCAGCCAACGGAGGCCGCCAUGGCCCUAGCUCAGACGCGCAGCUCGAAAGCCAGUACGAAAUCGACCGGAGCAGUGAUCUAGCCCGUCUAGCGACCUUGAACCUCUCCGCCUCGCCAUCCAUCCUGCUCGCGCUGGAGUCCAAAUCUGCAGCGUUAGGGAGAUUCCUGGGCCAGAAACUGGCAGACCUCGAAAGUCCUGAAGAUUUCUAAGCCUGCAUACUUCACUUCUCACCCUCAAUACCUUUCUUUCCCGUACUUUCGUCUGUAUUAACUGCAUUUAACUUAUUUCCUUCGAACUGUAUCUAUCCCAUACGA